AUGCGCCGUUUCGUUUCGGGUCGUUCCUUUGCGGUGCUUGCUGUGCCGAUUCUUCUCUCCGUGCUUGUAUUCAUUCGUUUCAUGAAGAAGAAAAAGAGCGCAGAAAAAGAGACCAGUGAGGGUGCAUCCUCUCCUUCGUCCUUCCAUCCGACACCCGCCGGAGAAUCCUCUCCUUCGUCCUUCCAUCCGACACCCGCCGGAGAAGGUAGCGAUCGAUAUGAAGUAUUCUUGAGCUUUGAUGGCUCGGAUACUCGAAAGGAAUUCACCGACCACCUCUACCGUAAACUGGUCGCCGCAGGAAUUUGUGUGUUCAACCAUAACAGCAUCCCAAUCGGCGAGGAGUUUGAUUCGCGUCAUCUCGAUGCCAUCACAAGGUCUGAGAUUUCAAUCCCCAUCAUCUCUGAAAAUUAUGCUUCAAGCAAAUGGUACCUCCGCCAGCUCAUUCAUAUCAUGGACCGCUAUAAAAGCGAGUCACACAGAGUGUUGCCCAUUUUUUACAACGUGCGCCCAUCGGAUGGGUGGCAUCUAAUAGGAAGUGUUGGGGAUGAGAAGGAUAUCCAAGAAGGGCGACAAGCACUUGAAGAAGUGUGUCGCUUGAAAUAUGAGGAAUAUGCUAUCGGGCACGAGGGAGAAUUGGGAGAACUGGUGGUCAAAACUGUGCUAAGAAAGUUACGGAAAGAUUCUCCUCUAUCUGUUCCGAAGGAACUAGUUGGACUUGAUGGUGAUCUGGAGGAGAUUAUGGAGUCGAUAGACAUUCCUUCCGGCCAUGCUAAAAUGAUUGAAAUCUAUGGCAUGGGUGGGAUAGGCAAGACAACUUUUGCCAAGUGCAUCUACAAUCAACUCUGGAAUAAAUUUGAUUAUACCAGCUUCCUUCCCGAUAUUCGAGAAACUACCAAGCGCCAUAAUAUUGAGUAUCUACAGAGUCGACUGAUAUCUGAGAUACUACACGAAGAAAUUCCAGUGUCUACAGUUAGUGCGGGAGCUAAUCUCAUCAAAUCUAGAUUAUCGGGGUUAAAGGUUCUCAUUCUUUUGGAUGAUAUAGAUCACAAAGAUCAGGUAGAUGCUUUGGCUGGAGAGUGUAACUCGUUUGCUUCAGGGAGUAUAAUAAUUGUUACAACUACAUACAAACAUGUUCUUUAUGACCCAUACAUCAUGUGGGAGAUGAAAGUACUCGAUAAAAUGAAUUCUUUGAUUUUAUUUAGUAGACAUACAUUUCACACGGACCAUCCUUCGAGUGACCUUGCGGACAUAUCUCAGGAGAUCGUAUCAUGCAUGGGUGGGAUUCCUUUGCUUCUUGAGAUUAUAGGGUCAUGCUUGUAUGGAAGGGAAUUAAUGGUGUGGACAGAAGUGUUGAAUCGAUUAAGGACAAAAGGGUUGAAUCGAUUAAGGAAUGUGCCACUUGGUGUAGUCCAAAGCAUAUUGGAGAUAGCUUAUGAUGUAUUAGAAGAUAGAGACAAGGAAAAUUUUCUCGAUAUUACUUGUUUCUCUAUGUUUAAAGAGGGCAAAUUGGCCAUGUACAUGGGGGACAGCCGUGGGUCUUAUGCAAGCCAUGGAAUUGAACAGUUGAAGCUAAGAGGCUUAAUAAAAAUUGAAGAUGAUGGUAAAUUAACAAUGCAUGAUCAACUAAGAAAUCUUGGAUGGGACAUUAUUCACUGUGGAAUGCUGCCCUGGAAAUACAGCAAACUAUGGGUCGACGAGGAAGCCUUCAGAGGACUGACGGGAGAAAAGGGAACUACAAUGACCGAGGCAUUUUGUUGCGACGAAUUCUGUGACGAUCCAUUUUCAUAUUAUGCGAAUUAUGGGUCGGCUAACCAUCUCCAGACAUACACAAAUGGGCAAAUUAAAAAGCUAAGGCUCCUCCGAUUGAGGGAUGAGACAUCAAGCGGAGACUUUAUUCUCCUCUGUAUAGGUGGCAAAGCGGCUGAAAGUUCUCCAGCUCGAAUAUUUCGAUUCUUUGAGAUGCACACCUGA